CCUGGAGUUCAUGUUUUCCUCCUCAUUAUUCCUGACACUCCACUGACUGAUGAAGACAAAGCAGAAAUGGAGGAGAUCCAGAGGAUAUUCAGCUCCAGAAUCAACAAACACAUGAUGAUCCUCAUAAUGCAGAGUUCAGAGCAUCAGACAGCAGAACUCAAUGAAGAAACACAGUCUGUCAUUGAGAGUUUUGGAGGACGACAUCAUUUCUUUGGUCCCAAUACACAAGUGUCCACAUUGAUGGAGAACGUUGAGCAGAUGCUGGAAGAAAACAGAGGAGAGUUUUACUCCACAGAGACAUUUCUGGAGGCACAGAUGAAAAAAUUACUGCAAUUUGAAGACAUGAAGAAGAAAAUUAAUUCACUGGAGACACAUUUACUGUCACCAGAGAGUGAAGAUGAUGUGAGGAUUGUGCUUCUGGGAAAAACUGGAGUUGGGAAAAGUGCAACAGGAAACACCAUCUUAGGAAGAGAUGCAUUUAUAGCAGAAACAUCUCAAGAGUCAGUCACUAAAGAGAUUCACAGGGAAACAACGGAAACCAAAGGCCGACUUGUUACUGUGAUCGACACGCCAGGACUAUUUGAUCUUGAACUUACUAAUGAGGAGAUCCAGAGAGAAAUCAGCCACUGCAUCUCCAUGAUCCUGCCUGGACCACAUGUGUUCAUCAUUGUGCUCAAUUUAGGGCAACGAUUCACUCAAGAAGAAGCUACAUCAGUGAAGAUCAUCCAAGAUAUGUUUGGUGAGAAAUCUCUAAAGUACACCAUGGUGCUCUUCACCAGAGGAGAUGAUCUGAAGAACAAAAAAAUUGAACAGUGUUUGGGAAAACCUGGAUCUCCUUUGAUGAAGCUGAUUGAAGCGUGUGGAAACAGAUUCCAUGUGUUCAAUAAUAAUCAGACUGGAGACCGAACACAGGUGUCUGAUCUACUGGAGAAGAUAGACAACAUGGUGACAGCGAACGGAGGGAGUUUCUACUCAUGUAAGAUGUUCAGAGAGAUGGAGAGAGAAAAACAAGAACAACAAAUGAAGAUCCUGAUGGACAGAAUCAGAGAAAAAGAAGAACUGAUUAAGAAACAUGAAGAAGAAAAAGAGAGAAUGAAGAUGAUGAUGAAAGAAGAAAGACAGAAUCAGAAGAAAGAGAAAAAGAGAAGAGAAGAAGAACUCAAAAGAGAAAUAAGAGAACAAGAGAAACACCAGAGAGAGAUACGAUAUGAGAUGAGACAAGAACGAGAGAUAUUUAAACAUGAAAUAGAAGAAAUGAGGCAAGAACACGAGAAGUUAAAAACAGAAACAGAAAAACUUCAGAUCAAAUAUGAGUCUGAAAUAGACAGACUGAUGAAUGAGAACAAGAGAAAGAAAAGAGAAAAAGAGUUUAAUGAAAGAGAAGCUCAACAAAAGACUUUUGAAGAGAAACUAAAACUCCUUGAAGAACAAAAUGAAUAUGAACUAAAUAGAAGACAAGCGGAGAGGAGAGAGGAAAAUGAAAGACAGAUAGAGGAUAUGAAGAUGAUCUGCUCUGAAACUGAUGAUUUACUACAGGUCACAGCUUACAGGAAACUAGAGACCGAAUACAGCAAGUGGUCCUGGAGGCUUUACAGGGCCAUGAUUGAAACUGAGAACAAACUAUACAACAAAAUAGAAAAUGAAGCAAUUCAAGAAGUUAAAGAAACUGAUCUUCAAAGAGAACUGAAGAAGACAAGUGAAGAAGUGGAAAAAUCAAUGUCUGAAUUCUUUGAGAAAGACACAGAUGCAGAUAUACUGAUUCAGUGGAAAACAUUAUUUAAAAUCAAAAUCAAAAAGCAUCAGGAUAAAAUUGUGAGAGAAACAAAGAGGAAAUUAACUGAGAUUCUUCAGCAGCGAGACCUGAAGAAAAAGAUGGAUGUUCAGAGGACACAUCAUGAAAACACUCUCAUUGAAAAGAGCAAAGAACUUGCCUUAAAACUCAAAGACAAAACAAAUGAUGAACAAACACUGAAGAAAGAGUUUGAUUUGUUUUGGGAAAAUUUGAAAAUCUUCAGUGAAGCCAUUGAACCUGUAAGAUAUAUUGAGAAGAAGAGAGAAGAGUACUAUCGUAUUUUCCAGAAAUACUGUCAUGGAGCAACAUCAGCUGCCAUUUUGGGUGAGAUCAUCUGUCAGAAACUGAAAGAGCCUAUUGAGCAGAGUGUCUACAAGAAGACUGCCAGAGAUCUGACUGAUGAAAUGAUGACAAACUGUGAAUCACUGAAUGGAAACAGAUCAAAUCUGGAGAAACACAUCCUGAAGACACUGGCAGAAGAGGAGGAUUUUGACAAAUACAUGAACUACAUUCAUAAACCCAGAGAUCACUUCAAGAGUUUCAUCAGAGAUGAAGUCAGUCGGUACAUCACUGAUAAGUUCAGUGUCAAGUGUUUUACCCAAGAUGAAGGAGAACAUUGA